AUGAAUGAGGUAAAGGAGGCUCUGAGAAACAUCGAGCAGAACUACAGGCUCUUCCUGCAGCAGCAGUUCACGUUCAUGGGAGCACUGCAACGCACCCGAGAGAACGCGCAUGACACGAUCAGACCUGUGGCAAGCAUCAGCCAGGUACAAUCCUACAGGGACCAUCACUGUAACAAUUCCACAGACAGGCGUAUCCUCAACAUGUUCCUAAACAUCUGCGAUGAUCUAAGCAAGCUCUGCCACAAGCUGGAAACUCUGCAUUCUGGUAACAACAGCAUUCUGGAGAGAUGCAAGCUGCUCCUUAACCACAGCAAUGAUCUGAGCACCAUCCGAGCUAAAUACCCCCAUGAUGUUGUGAACCACCUGAGCUGUGAUGAAGCAAAGAAUUAUUAUGGGGGUGUGGUGAGCCUCAUCCCCAUUGUUCUAGACUGCAUCAAGGAGUUGGUAACCCACGCGGAGAAGCUGCCACAGCAUGUGCGUAAUGGGAGUGGUGGAAGUGCCAUCUCUGAGAAGAGGGCACCCCAGGAUGCACCGGCUAGGGCAGCCAUUUCCCAGAACCCACCUCCUGCACCCCUUAAGGCUCAGACUUCAGCUAGUAAAAAAGAUAAUGUACAGGUGCAGGGGAGUAAGCAUGUCCAGAAGAAACACCUAAAUGACACAGAAAAUCACAGUGGGAAACUUAAAAGUCCCUGGAAACCACCAGGUAGACAUGCCCUUUAA